AUGAAAAUGAUUUCUUACCAUAGGAUUGGUUUUGUUGGGCUCCUAGAGACAAAGGUUAAGGCUGCCAAUAUGAGAGCCUUAUACCUAUAUAUGUUUUCGGGGUGGUGCUUCACUUCUAAUAUUUCUCAUCAUCCUAAUGGGCGGAUUAUUAUAGCUUGGAAUCUGAAUAGCUUUGAGGUUGACAUCAAAGGGGGUACGAGUCAAUUUAUUCACUGUUGGAUAAGGCCUAAACAAUGGAGUCAGUUUGCAGUCACUGUUGUCUAUGCUAUGAAUGACAGUAAUGACCGAAAGCAGCUUUGGAAGGAUAUUGGUCUUAUUGCUCAAGGUAUAAAGAUUCCGUGGAUUAUUGGAGGAGAUUUUAAUGCUGUUUUGUCUACUGUUGAAAGGCAGAAUUAUCGUGGUAAUGGAGCAGAAAUGGUGCCGUUUCAAACCUGUGUUGCGGAUUAUGGUUUGGAGGAUGUUAAAUACAAUGGCUCUUACUUUACUUGGAAUAACAAACAAGAGGGAAAAGCUCGAGUAUGUGCAAAGUUGGACUGGGUUUUAGCUAAUACUGACUGGUUGGAAAAUUUUCCAACGGCUGAAGUGAGCUACCUUGCAGAGGGAAUCUUUGAUCACUCCCCAGGGCUGCUGUCCAUAUACCCGAAUUCUCAAGACAAGCAUAAACCGUUCAGGUAUUUUAAUUACUGGAGUUCCUUGGCUGAGUUUACUGAUAUAGUUCGAAAAGGAUGGAGUGAGGAAGUUGAAGGCUCUCCUAUGUACAGAUUAAUAAAAAAACUCAGAAUGCUAAAACAGGGACUAAGGAGGUUACAUCAGCAAGGGAAGGGAGACCUUGGUAUCCAAGACUCAGAAGCGUAUAAAAAUCUGAUUGAUCUUCAGGAGUCUUUGAGGGGGCAACCUCAGAAUGAGGACCUUAUUUCUCAGGAAAUUCAGGCUAGGAUGCAUUACACCCAGAUUCACAAGCAUUAUCUCCUGUUAUUAAGGCAGAAAGCAAAAGCAAAUUGGAUUGCUCUAGGUGAUGACAAUACCAAAUUAUUUCAUGCUAGUAUGAAGCAGAGGAGAAUGCAAAAUACUAUCUACUCAGUCAGAAACAGAGAUGGGGAAUGGGUUAAUGAGUAUCAUGAGGUUACACGAGCAUUUUUGGAGUUCUAUGAUCAUUUACUUGGAUUCAAAAUGGGUGCAAGAACCAGGGUUCACAACAGUUUAGUAAAAGAGGGUCUGCUGGUUAGUAAGUCUCAAGCUGAUGGAUUAUUGCUGGAUUACUCUCCUGAUGAAGUUAAAACAGCUCUUUUUGCUAUACCAAAUGACAAAGCUCUUGGACCUGAUGGUUUCAGCAGUGGUUUCUUUAAAGAAACUUGGAAUAUCAUAGGGAAUGAUUUCACAGCUGAUAUUCUCUCUUUUCUCAACAUAGGGAAGAUUCUAUAG